UAACAAAUAUUGACAAGUAGCAAAGUACGGGAAGAGAUAAGGCUCCUGGCAAGAACAGAGGCCGGCGUGCCGCGUACAAGCCUGGACGGACACUCGCGAUGCGGCCGCUCCAUCUUCGCCCCCGAGUGGCCGCCGCCGGUCCUGCUCGGCCCGGCGGCCUCCCCAGCCGGCUGAGUCUCCGGCCGUGUCGCGGCAGCGAGAGGGGGAAGGGGCCGGUAGCCGUAGCAGCAACGACAAGUGGAGGAGGGAAGGCUGCUGCGGCGGCGGCGGCGGACGUUGUGAGGGCGUUCUACGACGGCGUGAACCGGCGCGACCUGGCGGCGGUGGAGCCGCUCAUCGCCGAGGGCUGCGUGUACGAGGACCUGGUGUUCCCGCGGCCGUUCGUGGGGCGGGAGCGGAUCAUCGGCUUCUUCGGCGAGUUCAUGGGGACCAUCAGCGCCGACCUCCAGUUCGUGAUCGACGACAUCUCCGCCGAGGACUCCGCCGCCGUCGGGGUCACCUGGCACCUCGAGUGGAGGGGGCGGCCGUUCCCGUUCAGCAGGGGAUGCAGCUUCUACCGCUUGCUGGAGUCGGAGCAUGAGCAGCAGCCGCAGAUCGUGUACGGUCGAGACUGCGUGGAGCCUGCCGUCAAGCCCGGGGAUUUGGCGCUGGUCAUCGUCAGGGGAGUGACCUGGAUCCUUGAACGCUUUCCAAGCCUUGCCGACAGGUUCUGAUCAAUGAGCACGGGCGCGGCAUGCAUGCCUGCACGCCCUGGGCUAGGAAGACGAAGUGUGUGCAUCCUGAAUGGUCGAUAAAUGGCUGAAAUGUUUAAAUGGAGGGGGAAAAGAAUUAGACGUGCAUGUUGCAUUGGGAAAGAUCGCAAAAAGGCAUGCUGUAAAAAUGUAUGGAUGGAGGGAUGCAAUGUUGAAAUGGAAUGGAAUAUAGCGAAAAUAUGGUCAUGUUAGGAAAAAAAA